AUGGAUCACUCGUGGCGUAAGCUACCUCAAAACGAAGACGCUGAGGAGUCAGAGGAUCUGUUGCCAUCAGGGGUUCCAAACGGUGGAGUUCGCAACAAACCUGUCCUAACUCUCCAGCUGCUUUGCUCCUUCUUAAAGUACGCUGUGGUGGCUGCCGUGUUCUUCGUUUUUGGCCUAAUAUUCCAAUAUUCACAAAUAGAACAAGCUCUAUCUGAGCCAUCUUUCCUGAAGAACAUUGACCGAAGCACUCACUUCAAUCACACCUACAUUCCCCUCUUUGCAGACAGUAAUGGCGUCAUCUGGCAGCAAUCGCCUAGCCCAGAAGUCGAUGCAGCAUGGCAUGCGCUGACCACGGGAUAUCCAUUCCUGAUAACAGAGGACGACAUGCGCAUCCUUGAGAAAGAUCCAGAUCGCUAUAUCAGCGUCCCCAAAGACUUCGGCUAUGGCGAAAACACGUUCAUCACCCGAUUCGCACAUACGCAUAACAUCCACUGCCUAGACCACAUCCGAAAACGGGUCUAUCGUGAGCAUUAUGGUUAUCCAAACGGCACGAUGGAUUGGAUCCACACGAAGCACUGUCUCCACGCUUUGCUAGAUCAUCUGACGUGCCACGUCGAGUACGAUGUCAUGAAUUACAUUUGGGUCGCAGGGCAGCCUACGGCGGAUCCUGAGCUCACUUAUAACCGUCAGUGCCGAGAUCUGGACGCCAUGAUACGCUUCAGUGAGGAUAAUCGUGUUGAUAAAGACCUGCGAGUAUUUUAUAUUCAGCCAGCGGAAGGAGACCACAUCUUCCCACCAAAUGCAGAGUUCCGCAGGUUAGAGAAGGAGUUCGAUGAGAGCCACCCGAACCGUCCGUCAAUGGAGGAGCGACGGAAGACUUACCGUAAAGCCUACGAUGAUGCGAUAAGUUACUGGCAGGAAACGGGAGAAGUGCCUAUCGAGGAGAGGAAAUGGUAG